CCACAGAAGAAGAAGUAAACACUCACAGCCUCACAGGUCACCGGUAUCCUGAUUCUGUCUUGACGGUAGGAAGAGGAGAAAUCCGUCUGGAAUUUUGCGUUGAGCUUUUAACCGGCGACAGGAUCUCAGACAACAUCUGAAGUCUCUUUUCAUUUAUUUGUUUUACUGAAUCACAUCACCAUGACCAAGAAGAGAAGCGGAAACCGCGAGACGGAAAACAGUCAUCUACUUGCGGAGAAACCGAGGCCCUCAAAAGAAAGUCAAACGAUUGAAGGAGCCAAAUCCUCUGGAGGAGCCUCCGCCCGCAUGUCAAUCCUCAUCCUCAUCACCAUCUUUGCCUGUUCUGCUUGUGUCAUGUAUCUGGUGUUCAAUAAUUUCCCAGAACUAAAUGAAGAUGAGAAGGAAAAGAUCAAAAUUCCUAAAGACAUGGAUGAUGCAAAAGCAUUGGGGACAGUAUUGUACAAAUACAAAGACACUUAUUAUACUCAAGUACUGUUGGCGUACUUUGCUACAUACAUCUUUCUUCAGACGUUUGCCAUCCCAGGCUCCAUAUUCCUCAGUAUACUUUCUGGUUAUCUGUACCCUUUUCCUCUAGCCCUCUUCCUGGUCUGUCUGUGUUCAGGUCUUGGAGCGUCCUUUUGCUACAUGCUGUCAUAUUUAGUUGGGAGGCCUUUGGUCUAUAAGUACCUUACAGAGAGGGCUCAGAAGUGGUCACAGCAGGUAGACCAUCACAGAGAGCACCUUAUUAACUACAUGCUUUUCUUGAGAAUAACUCCUUUCCUUCCAAACUGGUUCAUCAACAUCACCUCACCGGUCAUUAAUGUGCCUUUGGGUGUCUUCUUCCUGGGCACCUUUCUUGGAGUGGCACCUCCAUCGUUUGUGGCAAUAAAUGCAGGGACGACGCUGUACAAACUGACCACAGCCGGAGAGGCAGUGUCCUGGAACUCAGUCCUCGUUUUGGUGGCUUUGGCUGUCGUCUCCAUCCUGCCCGUCUGUUUUCGGAAAAAACUCCAGCAGAAGCUUGAGUAGACUUCUUCAGCACUCCUUGAUUCAGCUCAGGAACUAUACUUGUCAUCUAAACAUCUCUUUUUGUGUUUUUUUAUGCAUGUACAAAAAGCCCUCGUGUUUCAUACGAUGGCAUUCAAGGAUUGUGAGUGACAGACUGGCUCUCUGUCGUUCCUCCAAUACUUUUAAGGGAUAAACAUACCGUCAACACUAACUCACUAUGGUCAAGCAAUAUAUUUGUCUCGAUUUCUUGGAAUGUGUUUUCCAAUAUUUUUCCAAAAACAGCAAUGCUAUUUUAAACAAUUCUAGGAGUGGAGUUGUAAGAUACACUGGAAAUAUUUUUUCUUUCUUCUGCAGUUACCGAAUUUAAAUGGAAAGUGCCAUUUGAUCCUCUUUAAUAUUCCAGUAUGGAUGAUGAUAAUAGGAUAUUACCUGAAUCAGAAACUUGGUGAGGGUUAGAUUCUUUUUUAAUGGAUCAUAAUUUUAAGAUUAAACUAAAAAUUAAACUGCGGAUAAGGUAAUAGUGCUUCUCUCUUAAUGGUACAAGAGGUAAUUUUUACUGUAAACAUUUGAUACAUUUGGGCGAUACCACAAUAGUAUUACAGAUUAAGACUAUAGAUUGCAUUCGUUUAGAUUUGCUCUGCCUUAUUUUAAGUACUAGAAAUUCAAUGCAUAGCCUCAUUUCAUGACCAUUGUAGCGUUUUAUACACUUUGCCUGACAUUUACAGCAAACUUCAGUGGUCUAAAAUAAAAAAGCACAUCCUUUAGAAAUGGUCCAUAUGCCAAAUAGUUUUCUUUCAGUGAAAUAGUUUAUAGUUUGAGUUAUAAUGUAAACUCACACUGGAUAUAAUGUUUCAUUAUUUUCAUUUUAGCCACAUAACACAGGGAAGUAUUAAUUCAUGAGCAUUACGCCGCAAUGCAAUGUGUACACCUGGUUGAUAUUGUCGAUCGGUUUAGGUUAUUUUCCUGGACCUAGUCACGCCAAACUACUGUGAAGGAUUGUAAAUGGGAUAUGUCUGUUUAAUCGAUGCAAACCAGUCUUAAAAUUAUCCUCAGUCUUACAUUUGUCUUAUUGCUAAGAGACUAUUUUUUGUGUGCAUUUCCUAAGUCUAUAAGGCUUCUUGGUUCACACCUCAUUCAAUUUAUUUUCACAUAUUGGAUUAAUUUAUAUCAACUGUUUUAAUCGUGUCACAGUCGACAUUCAGUUAAUCAUAUUCCCAACAGCUGUAAUAGGAAAUUGGGCAUGGGACAUGGUUAUUUUUCUGUUUCAGGUCUCAGCAAAUUGUAUUGCUUGUAAUGAUUAGUUAAUAUAAUCUCUCUGACUCCCUUUAAAAUAGUUGAGUUGUACUUAUAACUUUUUUUGUUACUUUUUUUGUACAGAGAUGUAUCUGAUCCAUAAUUUAAAAUGAUUGAUUGCAGUAUUACAUAACAUUUAAUUAAAAAACUAUUGUCAUUGUUCAUCAUUUUUAAAAGCUAUUCAUUGAUAUCUGUGCAACUUGAGAAAUGUAAUAAUAAAAUAUUUAUUAUUGAAUGACUAAA